AUGAUUCAUCAUUAUCCAAUAAUUAUAUGGUGCUUUAAAUUUUUAUAUAUGGUGCAAAAAAUGCCAAUGGUCACCGAGCCGGCCCCAACCAAAUUGACGGAUACGCCGCUCGAACCGAUCGGUCCUUUGGAUACAAAAGUUGUUCAAUGUCUGCCAAAAAUGACCGAAGGUUGUCUCGUACCUGUUUACAUGGACAUUCAACAAGCAUUUGUUCCUGCGGAAAUCGUUAGUAUUCGCGAAAUCAACGGUGUUCACGAGUUUUAUAUUCAUUAUGUUAAUUACAAUCGUCGUCUUGACGAAUGGGUUACUGUCGAUCGAAUGAAUCUAAAAGAGUUGACACCACCAUCCUCAUCCUCAUCGUCCUCAAACAAUAUUUCACACGAAAUACCUGUUACAUCCUUACCAAGAACAGUACAACCAAGCACAACAACAACAGCAGCAGCAGCAGCAGCCAGUGGUGCAGCAGAACUUCCAUUGGGAAAUACGACAACCUUCUUUCUAUCAGAUGAUGCGGAUUCUUUGAAUAGUGAUCUAUCUCGUGCAGCUACUCUACCAUCUUUAACUGAUCCAUUACCAGCAACAGCUACACCGAUAGCACCGACAAUAGCACGAGGAAAUGGAAAUGCACAUCACAGUGGUGCUCACUCAAUAACUAAAGUGAAAAAUAUCAAUAUGAUCCAUCUCGGAAGAUAUUUCAUCAAACCCUGGUACUUUUCUCCUUAUCCUGAGGAGUUCACAGCAUCCUCUGUUGUUUAUAUAUGUGAAUUCUGUCUGAAAUAUUGUAAGGAUGUUGAAGCACUCAAACGACAUCGAACCAAAUGUACGUUAUUUCAUCCACCUGGUAACGAAAUCUAUCGUAAUGGUACCAUAUCAUUCUUUGAAAUCGAUGGACGAAAAAACAAAUCCUAUGCACAUAAUAUUUGCCUCUUAGCAAAAUUAUUUCUUGAUCACAAGACACUCUACUAUGAUACAGAUCCAUUUAUGUUCUAUAUUUUAACGGAAUUCGAUGCUCAGGGCUUCCAUAUUGUCGGUUAUUUUUCAAAAGAUAAAGAAUCAAGUGAAGAUUACAAUCUGUCGUGCAUAUUAACAUUACCACCUUAUCAAAAGAAAGGUUAUGGACAUUUCAUGAUUGAGUUCAGUUAUACACUUUCAAAAUUAGAAGGCAAAAUCGGUACACCGGAAAAACCAUUAUCUGACCUGGGAUUGUUGUCAUAUCGUCGAUAUUGGUCCGAAGCGAUUUUACAAACAUUGUUAAAACAUAAACCAAAGGACAACGAAACCGAUUAUCCCUCACUUUCUAUCAAUGAUUUGAGUGAAAUGACGGCGAUAAAGAAAGAAGAUGUUCUAGCUGCUCUUCAGAAUUUAAACAUAAUUCGUUAUCAUCAAGGUUCAUAUGUUCUUUCCAUUCCUAAAGAUUUAUUUGAUAGUUAUCAAGAUAAACGAAGAUUACGUGUCGAUGCUAAGAAUUUAUUUUGGACUCCGAGAGUGACGACUAAAUCAACAAAUCAAUUUCAAAGCAAAUAA